AUGCAACUGCCUCUACAACGGGAGCAAGGAGUUCAGCACUCCCGUCAGCGCGUCCAACUUCCAACAUCCGGCGCCCAACAAACCCCCCACUUUUUGCCGCAGUUUCAGAAGGGAGAUCUUCUCUGGCAGCAGCAACAACUUCUGCAACGGCAAAGAGAGGUACUCCAGCAGCAAAGGGAAAAACUCAUGCAACAGCAGGCUUCCUGGGAGCAGCAGAGACAGAAGACGUUGCUGCAGAGUGAAUGCCUCCCUCAGCAGAAGACGAAGGCCAAGAACUCCCAGCAAUUCUCAGGAUGUCACGAAGCACUUGGCAACUUUAACGGCGUGCAAGCAAAGGAGUUGUCCCCCCCUCCGAGCUGCUCCGUAAAUCCACGUGCCGCGUUACAUCGCAGUUGUAAAGUCCUUGACCAUGAGCAGUCUAGUGCCCAUGUUGAGGGGAAACGAACUGAAAUACAGUAUAGUCCUAGGACCGAACGUAUGAAGUGCAACGAUCCCAGUUCUCAAGGCACUCCCGGACUGCCCGAGGCUCCACCGCCCCUAAAGUGGGAAGUCAGCGAGACUACUGAAGCUUCUGUUGGGUCCUCAGGUAGCGCUGACUUCAUCACAACAGCGAACAAGAAGCUGCAGUUCACAGCGGUUGGCGGGAGUCGGGAACAGCGCUUGCAGUUGAGGUGCGAAGUGAUCGGAGACCCAACCGUUAAUUCUACCAAAUCAGCAACGUUUAAAGGGACCACUACUUCUGAACAAAACCCACUUGAGGCCGAAACUGACGUACAGACAGAUCCUGCCGCUGAAAUAGGCGAGAGCCUUUCCUGUAGGCAAACGGAGGCUUCUGGUAAGUCUCAAACCGCAGUUGAAUACCAAGGGGCUGGCGGCGCGGCAGAGGCAGAGGGCGAGUGCUCGUCUUCAGAUGAUGGUGCGCCCACCGUACAGCACGAGGGAAAUGCCGCAGAUGCUGGAAAAAGCGCAUCAAAAGAGGCGGCGACGAAUACUGAGGACAAGACUGCUGACUUGCAGGUACAGAAAAGGUUCAUAUGGAGUCCAAGACUACGCCGCCUCCCCCAGGAUACAUUUAGAAUUGGUCCUCAUGAUCUUAUCCCGGUAGGCCCACUGAUAGCGGCGAUCUCGUCAACUUGCAACGGUUGGAACGACGAAAACUGCAUCACUACUGAAAAUUGCACAGAAGACCCUAGCUACAUAGAAGCAUAUUUACCUAUAAAAUCCCUUGCAGAAUUCGAAAGCUUCGAUAAGGGUCAGGAGGCCCAAAACGUGCUGGACGUACGCCGAGACGUGGUUGGCUGCGGGACCUACGGCAUUGUCAGGAAGCUAAGGCACAGGAAGGGGGGCUUCACUGUCGCCGUCAAGAGCAUUGAAAAGGAAACUGUGGUGCAGGCUGGCAUGGUGAACCAAGUGGAAUUCGAGCUUUACGUACAACGGGAUUUGCUGCGACAUCAGAACGUGCUGCGGUGUUUUUCGUGCGUUGAGGACGCUGAAUACCUUCACAUAGUGCUGGGGUACUGCGAACAGGGCGAUCUUUACCGCCGUAUUCGGGAGCAACCCCACCGGCGCUUCUCAGAGCUCGAUGCCUUCUGUUUCUUUGCGCAACUGGUCAAUGGUCUCCACUGUGUUCAUGCCAGUGGUAUCAUUCAUAGGGACUUGAAGCUGGAAAACCUGCUGCUAACCAAAGGGAAUGUACUGAAAAUUGCGGACUUCGGUUGGUGCGGCUCGAUUGUUGGUCGCGACCGAAGCUUUAGCUUUUGCGGGACCCUGGACUAUCUCGCUCCUGAAAUGGUCAAAGGCCAAGGGCACGACUGGCGUGUCGACUUGUGGAGUUUGGGUAAGGUGAUGGCUUCCCACCGUUUCAACCACGAAGAGUGUGCUCUCGAGCUCUCCUUAGCAGAGUAG